GGGUUCCUCUCAGUCUUUGUCUCUCUCCUCCCUUUGUCUCUCUCUCUCUUUCUUCUGUUCUCUUUGAUCCAAAUCCCAACCCUUUUUUUCUUCUCUUUUUUUUUUCCUCUCAUUUUUCUCUUUUUCCAUGUGCUCAAUACUCAGCACAGAUCUUCUUCUCCCUCCCCCUUUUGUUCUACCGUUCUCGCUCUGAGAAAACAGAAGAAAAAAAAAAGGGGUUUCAAGUUUGAACGACCCUUUUCACAUUGGGUUCUCUAAUUCUCUUUUUCUCCAUAAAUCUUCGAUCUUUCGCGGUUUUUGCUUUCUGGGGUUUGUUCUUCCUUCGUUUUUAUGCUGGAUAUGGAUGGGUUUGGAGGUGGGGGUGGUGUUGGUGGCGCUCCCAACGCAGAGAAUCUUAGGGGAUUGGGGAAUGUUUCCUCAGAAGGUGCAGUUUUUGACGCAUCACAAUAUGCAUUCUUCAGUAAAGAAGCUGUCCAGGAAGUUGAGUUGGGAGGGUUAGAAGACGAUGGCUGUUUGCCUACUGUUGAAUCUAAUGAGGAGUUCUUUUUCAACAGAGAAGAGGCUGAGGAUGUAAAGUCUCUUUCUGAUAUUGAUGAUCUUACUACCACUUUUUGGAAGUUGAACAAGGUUGUGAGUGGACCAAGGAGUGCAGGUGUUAUUGGUGAACGGGGAUCAAGAGAAAAUUCUACUUCUGAAUGGUCACAAAGGGAAGAUAGUUUUAACUGGUAUGAUCAGAAUGCUUAUGAUAGUGAAGGUUCUACAGAUGGCAAAAGAUGGUCAUCACAGCCUCAUUCUUCCCUAGCCCAUUUACAUGAUUCAAAGCCCUUGUACAGAACAUCUUCAUAUCCUGAGCAGCAAAGGCAGGAGCAACACUACCACCUCCAACAUUGCUCUAGUGAACCAGUUCCUAACUGGCUUGAUCAGCAUUUUUGCGACGCAGAAACUGCUCAUGAUCAUGAUGGCAAACGAUGGUCAUCGCAGCCACAUUCCUCUGUUGCACAUUUACAAGAAUCAAAGCCCUUGUACAGAACAUCUUCAUAUCCUGAAAAACAGCAGGAGCUUCCUCGUUUUUCUAGUGAACCAAUUUUGGUACCAAAGUCUUCAUUUACUUCUUAUCCUCCCCCUGGUGGUCUAUCUCAGCUGGGUUCUCCAAGCCAUAGUACAGGACACUUGAACAUUCCUUAUCAUACUGGAGCAGCUCAGAUGGCGCUAUCAUCUCAAAAUCGUUCUCAUUUAUCCAAUUCUGCACUACAGUCAAGUGCAUUAAAUCUUGGGUCACAUUUUGGUGGAAACACACGCCAAUUUCCUACUGGUUCCCAUCUUAAUCAGCGUAUACAGAAUCAAUUGGUCAACCAGGCAGGGUUGUAUCCUGGAGAUCAUUCAAAUCUCCUUAAUAAUAUGUUACAGCAACAAUUACACCUUCAUAAUGGAUCGGUAUCUCCUCACUUGAUGACUCAAUUACAACAGCAGCAGCAUAGACUGCAUCAUCCUGGUCAGCGAUCUGCAGGCUACUUAUCUGGCUUCCAGUCCCAUUUAUUCAAUCCCCACCCUUCCUCUGGCUCAUCUGUAAUUAGCAAAUAUGAACAUAUGCAUGGAAUCGCCGAUGGUAGAGAUCAUAGAUCAAAAUCAACUCAUAAAGGUAAACAUAGUCUUCGUUUUUCCCUACAUGGUUCUGAUGCCGGUAGCCAAAAGAGUGACAGUGGUUCAUUUCAGUUUCGUUCCAAGUAUAUGACAAGUGAUGAAAUAGAAAGCAUUCUCAGAAUGCAACAUGCUGUGACUCAUAGUAAUGACCCAUAUGUAGAUGACUAUUACCACCAAGCUUGUCUGGCAAAAAAAACUUCUGUGGCUAAGUUAAAACAUCCAUUUUGCCCAAGCCAAAUAAGGGAAUAUCCUCCACGAUCCCGUGCUAAUACUGAGCCACAUUCAUUUGUUCAGAUUGAUGCCCUAGGGAGAGUUUCAUUUUCUUCUAUUCGUCGUCCUCGCCCUCUUCUUGAGGUUGACCCUCCAAACACUUCUGCUAGCUCUGAUCAAAAGAUUUCAGAGAAGCCCCUUGAGCAGGAACCUAGGUUUGCUGCAAGAGUCACAAUUGAGGAUGGUCUUUGUCUUCUUCUUGAUGUGGAUGAUAUUGAUCGUUACCUACAGUUGAAUCAGCCACAAGAUAGUGGAACACAUUUAAGACGAAGAAGGCAAGUCCUGUUGGAAGGACUAGCAACUUCACUUCAACUUGUUGAUCCACUGGGAAAGAAUGGACACAAAGUUGGGCUUGCUGCUAAGGAUGAUCUUGUUUUCUUAAGGUUGGUAUCUCUUCCCAAGGGACGUAAGCUCCUUGCAAAGUAUCUUCAGUUGCUUCCUCCUGGCAGUGAGCUUAUGAGGAUAGUCUGCAUGACCAUAUUUCGUCAUUUAAGAUUCUUAUUUGGUGGUCUCCCCUCAGAUCCGGCAGCUUCAGAGACUACAAAUAACCUUGCCAAGGUUGUUUGCCAAUGUGUCCGAGGAAUGGAUCUUGGUGCUCUUAGUGCCUGCCUUGCUGCAGUUGUUUGUUCUGCAGAGCAGCCUCCUCUACGCCCCAUUGGAAGCACUUCUGGAGAUGGUGCUUCCCUUAUUUUAAUUUCCGUUCUUGAGAGGGCUACUGAACUUCUAACUGAUCCACAUGCUGCUUGCAACUUCAACAUGGGUAAUCGUUCAUUUUGGCAGGCCUCAUUUGAUGAAUUUUUUGGCCUUCUCACCAAGUAUUGCAUGAAUAAAUAUCAUAGUAUCAUGCAAUCCAUGCUUAUACAAAGUACCUCUGAUGUGGAUGACAUUGGCCCAGAUGCUGCCAAAUCUAUUGGUAGAGAAAUGCCUGUUGAACUCUUGCGUGCUAGUCUCCCUCACACUGACGAGCGCCAGAGGAAGUUAUUGCUGGAUUUUGCGCAACGUUCCAUUCCUGUGGUAGGAUUUAACAGCAACACUGGGGGUAGUGGCAGUCAUGUGAACUCAGAAACAGUGCUAAGUUGAUGGAUCUACAUGAGAAGUUCACCUGUUGAUAAUGGUUCUGGUUGAUGAUCACACCGAUGUUGUAAGGACAACCUUGCAUCUGUUCAAGUGCAUCUGGAGAAAUCUUAAAUGUGCAAAGUGCGAGUUGCCGAGUUGCAUCUAUGAUGGAGGCUUCUGCCUCACCUUAAUUGUCUACUUGUCAUAUUCUGCAGCUUUGUGAUAAAUUUGCAACCAGGCCUUUUAUGUUGUACCCGGCUUGAUUUGUUCCUCAUGUCUUUUCUUUUUCUCUUGACAGGGGAGCUUAUAUAAUUGUUACUAUGUGUGGCUGGUAGGGACAUAGUAGUUGUUAGCAUGUACAGGUUUAGGACAUAUUUGGUUCCCAUGUUUCCUUAUUAUAUAUAGAAGGAUGGGGAUGGAUGGGUUGUACUCACAUCAUAUCUGUGAUAGAAUCAUUCUGCUGAAACGUAAGGGCCACUGAGGGGGUGCAAAUUUCACUGAGACACAGGUUGACCAGCUGGCAUUCUGAAAUUCAAGGGAACACUGUUGAAGAAUAAGUUAUGUUGAACUUGUUGCAUAAUUUAUCUUUUGCACUUGAGUUGUCAAUUUGUAGAUAUGUGUUCUUAUGUUAUCUUGAGAAUAUUUGGUUUUUUCCUUCCAUGUUUCUCUCUGACUUUGGCAUUGUUUUCUUUGGAAAUUUGCUGAGGUUCAUUGUUCACUUGCUCCUUUUCCUAUCUGGAAAUGUAUGAGGAGAAUAUGAAAUCAAGUGGCCACUUUGAUGAUGGAUGGUUGAAAAUUUGUGUUGAUUCCUUUUACAUGAAUUUUUGACAAAUGAAUUGGGCAGGCUGCUUGGUACCCAUUAUACUUUUUGACUAGGGAGGUUCAAUGAAUAUCUGUUCUAAGUGUUUUAGCCUCAUUUUUAUUUUGUGGUGCAAUUAACUUUAUAAUAUGGGGAUAUUUUCUUUU